GGCAACUUUUUCUGGUUUCGACUCUGCUAACGUUCGAGGACGCCAUCACCGCUUCUGACUUUUUCGGAAAAGGAUCAGUGCGUUAAGACGGUGUUUCGGGACGGAAUACUGCCUCAUUGCGCAAAAUGGGCAAAGCCAAGGGCGCGAAGCGCAACAAUGCUGCUGCUUCGUCACCAUACGCCAAACCACAAAAGACAAACACCAUUUUCAAGUUCAACACAAAUGUCGGUCAGCAUAUCUUGAAGAACCCGGGUGUGUCCGAUGCUAUCGUCGCCAAAGCCGAGCUCAAGCCUACCGACACGGUUCUCGAAAUCGGUCCCGGAACCGGGAAUCUGACAGUUCGUAUCCUCGAGACGGCAAGGAAACUUAUCGCGAUCGAGUAUGACCCGAGAAUGGCCGCAGAGGUGACCAAGCGUGUGCAGGGAAAACCCGAACAGAAGAAGCUCGAUGUGAUGCUGGGAGAUGCCAUCAAGGUUGAAUGGGCGCCCUUUGAUGUGCUUAUUUCCAACACACCAUACCAGAUUUCCUCGCCACUGGUGUUCAAGAUGCUAUCCAUGCCGAAGCCCCCACGACAGGCCAUCCUCAUGUUCCAGCUCGAGUUCGGGCAAAGAUUAGUUGCCAAGCCGGGUGACAAGCUAUACGGCCGGUUGAGCGUGAACGCGAAUUUCUGGGCUACAUGCUCACAUGUGAUGAAAGUGUCAAAGGCGAACUUCAAACCUCCCCCUCAAGUCGACUCCUGUGUGGUACGCAUCGUACCGAAACAGGGCAACGAUCGCCCGAGCAUCAGCUUCGAGGAGUUUGACGGCCUAUUACGCAUUUGCUUCAACCGCAAAAACAGGACCAUGCGGGCGAGUUGGCUAGGAACAAAAGAUGUGCUUGCGAUGCUGGAGAAGAACUACCGUAUCUGGGCUGCAAUGAACAAUGUGCCCCUGGAUGAUUCCUUAGUGGACGGCGAAGAAGAGGGGGAGGACGAGAUGAUGGAAGUCGACAGCAACAACGGAGACGACGAGACCGCUGCGGUGGACGAGGAUGGUAACGAGGGCGUGACGGACUUUUUUGGAAGUCAGCAGCGCGGCGGAAGUGCACCGGAGAAGACACCGAGCAAGCGCAAGAAGACCAAGGUUGCGGCCCUGGUGCGGCAAAAGAUCGAGAGGGCGCUCGAGUCCACCGGCUUGACAGACAAGCGGGCGCGGCAGUGUGACGAGACGGAUUUCUUGAAGCUCCUACAUGCCCUCAACUCCGAAGGCAUCCACUUUGCUUAAGGAACAAAGCUUGGUGUUCCUGUUCCUGGGGAGAAAGGUAAAAGGCCACGACGUUACAACUUACGGCGUUCAAGGGAGUUUGGGGCGGCAUGUUUGCGAA